AUGACAGCAACUGAGAAUGGUCAGGCAAUCGACAAAGAUCUACCGGUGUGGUUGGACAGUGUAACUUUAAACAAGGCUAUUACCCAGCAAAUUGGAGACUUUAAGAAAAUUACAAAAAUUACCACAGAAAAUGAAGCCAAACAGGGUGAAAAUUAUUCAUCACUCAUUGUUCGCAUUAAGGCCGAGGCAGAAUUGGAGGAUGGUACCGUGAAACCCGUUGGAUUUUUCUUAAAAACUCAUCAUGUCAAUGAAAUGAUGUCCAGCAUAUUGGAGAGAUUGCGCCUAUUCCCCAAGGAGGAAGAAUUGUAUCACAAAAUAUUGCCCAAAUUUGUGCAGUUAUAUGCUGAUGCUGGUAAAACGGUACAAUUUGCUCCCAAAGCAUUUACUUUCGAUCGUGAUAAUGGCAUGGAAUAUGUCCUCCUAGAAGACUUACAAACGAAACAAUUUAAAAAUGCCAAUCGCCUCGAGGGUCUAGAUAUGGAUCACAUGAAGGAGGUCCUCAAAAAAUUGGCUGAAUUCCAUGCUGCCUCAGCAUGCUACGUUGAACAUUAUGGUACAUUUGGUGAUGAUUUCAAUGUGGGCAUUUACAGCGCAAAAAAUAAAGAUUUGCUAAAGGAAUUCAAUAAUUCUGAGGCCUUUUUGGGUCAACUAAAAAAAUGGAAAAAUUGUCAACAGUAUUAUGACAAGUUGAUGAAUUCCGAUGAAUAUCUGGUUGAUCGCCUCUUGGAAGAUCAACGUGUCGACAAUCGCCAAUUUAAUGUCCUUAAUCAUGGAGAUUUGUGGACCAAUAACAUCAUGUUCCAAUAUGAUGCCUAUGGUAAAAUCAAACAAACCUUGUUUGUCGAUUUCCAAGUCAGCAAAUAUGGCUCCCCUGCCAAUGAUCUUUAUUAUCUGAUACUUUCGUCGGCCAAGAAGGAAAUCAAGACCUCCCAAUUUGAUUAUAUGGUACGAUUCUAUUAUGAUAAUUUGGUGGAGAAUUUGAAAUUGUUGCAAUAUCAUCGUCCCAUCCCAAAAUUGACGGCAAUUCAUGCAGCUCUCCUAAAGAAUGGUCUGGCUGCUUAUAUGGUCGUAUCCAAGGUAUUGCCCAUUGUCAUGUUGGGAAAAUCGAAUGAUGCCAAAUUAGAAAAUUAUAUUUUCGAUGAAUCAAAAUUGAAGGCUGAUAUGUAUGGAAAUCAUAAAUAUAGUCAGGCAAUGAUGGAACUUUUGCCUUGGCUAGAUAAUCGUGGAUUAUUGGACUGGAAGUGA